ACCGUAAAUCUAGUUUCUUUUAUUGUUUAGUUGUAGCAAUAUUUUUUUCCUUCCAAACAUAAAAAAUUAUUGGAUACAUCUUGUAGCAAUAAUUUUAGAUGUAGCAAUAUUAAAUGCCUCAAUUACUAAUACGUCUUGUUCCUGUGUGCUAUUUGAACAGGUAUCAUGACAGAUAUAUUGUAGCCUCCUGUUUUGCUUUAAGGAGAGGUUAUCCUUGUUCUGAGCUGCAUGCUACACGGGCGAUUGGUAUCUGUGCUAUGUAUGGAGGAGAUCAAUUUAAAGCCUAUGCUAAUGAGGGUAUCUUAAGACUCUACAAUGUCACGAUUAAAAGACUUUCAAUAAGCAAACAAUGUGAAGAUGGAUAUGUAAGAAUAUUAUGUGAUACAGCAGUUUCAGCUCUCGGAAAAAUCUUUGAGUAUCAUCGUGGCAGUAUCGGCCCUAAGGCGGUUCAAAAAUGGUUAAACUUCUUGCCAUUGAAGCAUGAUUUCAGUGAAGCUAGAUAUGCACAUGGACUGCUUUCUAAUUUGAUACGAAGUUCGGAUGAACAGCUAUUUGGAAGUAAUAAUGAGAAUCUUCCCAAGAUUAUCUCCAUAGUAAAAGAAAUUUUAUCUGGACCUGACCGUUUGGGAACUGAGGAAGCUAUUAAUCAGAUGAUUGAUUUCAUAGAUCAACAUGGUGGGAUGGAAAUUGAAUUAGGAGAUUAAAGUUUUUUCAGUGCAUCAAGCUCUAAUUUUUAGGCUUGAAUUUCUCUGUAGAAUUAUUCAUUGACCAGGAAUGUGAAAGAUUGAUUGUCUUGUAAUUGAAAUGUACAGUAGACAAUAAGAAAGGAAGGUUUUAAUCUUUCCAAUGUGUAAA